AGUCUGAAGCUGCAGCUGAGCAGAAAAUCCCAAGGUGAUGCCGACAUCCUCUGUCAGAGGAGAACAGGACGGAGCCUUGGUUCCAGCUCUUUUGUUGUUUUAUUGCUUAAAUGGGACAGAACUGAGAUUUUUGGUGGAUCUGGGGACAAACCACUGCUCUGGAGGUGGAGGAUUUGCUGUUUUUUGCAUCACUGAGACCCAAACAUGAAUUCAGCUGAACAAACAGUAACGUGGCUCAUUACGCUGGGGGUUCUGGAGUCUCCAAAGAAAAGCAUCUCGGAUCCAGAAGCUUUCCUCCAGGCGUCUCUGCAGGAUGGAGUGGUGCUGUGCAGGCUGCUGGAGCGCAUCAGACCCGGGACAGUGGAUAAAGUUUUCCAGGAACCGAGGAGCGACGGCGAGAUUCAGAGGAACAUUAACGAGUUUAUUAGAGGCUGCGCGGCUUUCGGAGUGGAGCCUUUUGAGGUCAGCGACCUGCUGCAGGGGCAGAACUUCUCUAAAGUCCUAAACUCCUUGGUUGCCCUUAACAAAAACACUGAAGACAUCUCCGGAGACGGCACAUGUGCACCACACUCCCCAAGUCCUAGAAUCAAGUCAUUUGACUCUCUCAACACUCAGGCUUGCCCCUCUAAAGUGCUGCAGCAUCAGUACCGCAGCUUGGACAUGUCCGAUGGCAAUGGGUGUGGCCUGCCACUGGUCAAAGCGCGUUUUGCCUUCCACCAGAACAAUGAGGACGAACUCUCCUUCUCCAAGGGUGACAUCAUCAGUGUGACCAGGCAGGAGGAUGGGGGCUGGUGGGAAGGCUCGCUGAAUGACAAGACGGGGUGGUUCCCUAGUAACUAUGUACGGGAGCUGAAGAGAAACGACAAAACAACAGAGAAGCAAAAGUCUGGAACCCUAAAGAGUCCACCCAAAGGCCUCGACGUCGCCAUCAUCAGUAAAACAUAUUAUAAUGUGGUCCUCCAGAACAUCCUGGAAGCGGAGAGCGAAUAUUCCAGAGAGCUCCAGACUCUCCUGGGUUCAUACCUUCGCUCUCUUCACCCCACAGACAGACUCAGCGGCGUGGACAUCAGCCACAUUCAGGGAAACCUGGAAGAGAUCUCCACCUUCCAGCAGAUGCUGGUUCAGUCUUUGGACGAACAAACAAAACUCCCGGAGAACCAGCAGAGGAUCGGGGGUUUCUUUGUGAGCCUGAUGCCCCAGAUGAAGACCGCAUAUGUGGCCUACUGCUCCAAUCACCCCUCUGCGGUCCACGUCCUCACGCAGCACAGGGAGGAGCUGGAGGCAUACAUGGAGUCGAAGGGGGCGUCCAGUCCCGGGUGCUUGACCCUGACUGUGAGUCUGAGUAAACCCUUCACCAGACUGGAGAGGUACCCGGCGCUGCUGAGGGAGCUGGAGAGACACAUGGACGAGCAGCAUCCUGACAGAGCGGACCUGAACGCCGCCAUGGCCGCCUUUAAAAACCUGGAGGCCGAGUGUCGGGAGGUGAGGAAGAAGAAGGAGACGGAGCUGCAGAUUUUAACAGAGCCAAUCAGGAACUGGGAGGGAGAUGACAUCAAAACGCUCGGCCCGAUUCUCCACAUGACCCUGGUGAAGGUUCACACUCAGACUAGUCAGGAGUCAAACGAGCGCUACCUCAUCCUUUUCCCUCACACUCUGCUGCUGCUCUCUGCUAACCUGAGAAUGAGUGGCUUCGUCUACCAGGGGAGGAUCCCGCUGUCCGGAAUGCUCAUCUCCAGAAUUGAAGAUGGAGAAAAAAUGAAGAAUGCUUUUGAAAUAUCUGGCGCUCCGUGUGAGCGGGUCCAGGUGGCCUGCAGCAGUCAGCGGGAUCUGCAGGACUGGCUGGACCUUCUCACCAAACACACACACACGACCCCCCCACACUCACGCAAACCCCAGGCUCCGUGUCACACGCUGCCCUCCCACUCCAUCACUCCCUUCAGACUCUCGGAGACUCGUGGAGUCAACAGUGGAAACGUUUACCACACUCUGCCUCAUCUUCCCUCCUACACUACGAGUCAGAAUAACAGCCCCGUGUGGGGACCCCUGGAGCCUCCGAGCACCCCUAAACCCUGGACUCUGAGCUGCCUCCGACCUGCUCCUCCUCUCAGACCCUCUGCUGCUCUGUGCAUCAAGGAGGAUAAAAACAAGAAGAAGUUUCCACCCAUCAGGAAACCGGAGCGGAAACCUUCAGAAGAAGACUUCAGCGCUAGAAAGAGCACAGCGGCUCCGGAGGAGGACGCUCAGAUACUUAAAGUGAUCGAGGCUUACUGUACGAGCGCCAAGACUCGUCAGACUCUCAACUCUACCUGGCAAGGAACCGACCUCAUGCACAACCACGUGCUCGAUGAGAACAGCCUCGCUGUGGCUGGGUGUUCUGGCAACGUUCAGUGUUCUGACCUAUCAGAAGACUCGGAUUAUGACAGUAUCUGGACUUCCCAGAGUCACAGGACCGCCUCGUUUUCUCGUUCCAGCAGGAAGGACGUUCAGAUGUUGUUUCCAGAGGAGGAGAAGAUCAUAGUAGAAGAAACCAGAAGCAACGGACAGACCGUGGUGGAGGAGAGGAGUCUGGUGGACACGGUCUACAGUCUCAGAGACGAGGUUCAGAAGCUCAAACAGGACAACAAGGGGUUAAAGAGGACGCUGGAGGAAGAACAGCAAGCUAGAAAAGAGCUGGAGAGGAUUGUCCGGAGAGUCCUGAAGAACAUGAACGACCCAACCUGGGAUGAGACUAAUCUCUGAAAUCACCACAGAUCCUGAUAUCCAAGUGACCAAAUGACUAGUUCCUCUCAAGCUCCAUGGACAGAAGCUGCCGGUAGUUUGCGCCACUUUUCAGCGUGUCAAAUCCUCUAAGCUGUAACCCUCAGAGACUUGUGCCAAACGGUGGACCAAGUGGAAACUCCUGCCUGCUACCAGCAAACACAUCGGAUCAUAAAGUUGGUGGGACACGGACGCCACUACUUUACUCCUCCUUCCAGGGCUGGUUUAGUCUCGUCCCAGUGCAUAAAUAAGCAGGUUCAACAUUUCCAAGAUAUGUCGGAGAAGAUUUAAAUCUCUGUGAAACUUUAAGUAAAAGAUGAAGGCAUUAUUUAAAAUAAUCCCAAUGAUUGUCAAGAAACCUCAGGGCUUAACAAGGCAGCAAUCAUUCCCCACUCAUCCAUCUCAAAUUUCACAAUAAAAGCAGAAUCUGAAGGUGCUCCAGACUUUAUACUGAAGGUCUCGUAGCUCUUGGUUCACAGGUAGACUUCUACAUGACUGUCUGGUUUAUGUUCUUAUUCUUUUGCUCAUCAACGGCUGAUGAAGAUGGAGAAAAGAAAAGCAUAACAGACUUUAAAAUUCAAAAACAAACAAGAGGCUUCGUGUUACAAUGAUAGUGGAAAAGAUUAAGGACUGAAAAAUGGGAGAUGUUUAUUUAACUAAAGCGAGAAAUUAACGAGCUUGUGGUAGCCUGGAUAAAAUCAUUAUUAUAAUAAAAACUCCUGUAAAGAUGGUAUAAACUCAGCUCUAUCAUUUAGGCACUUUAAACAACCGGCAGGUUUUGGUGUAUAUAGUCUCUGGAUUGUUUAUUGAAGCCAUAAAAACAGCUCACGUCAGGCUAAAGGUCAGCUCAGUGAAUUUUUCUUUUCAGGAACCCAAAACACGUGAAAUGCGUGUUUUAUGAUGUCAAAUGCAGCCUGUUGUAGGAUUUCCUACGUUUUAUAUUUGUUUUUUACUGUGACUUUUUACUUUGUAAAACUUCUGCUUGACCGGGCGCAUCGCAGCAGAAGCGAUUUAAUCAGGAAACAUCUUCAGAUGUGCCAUUAGGAGAAACAUUCCUCUGCUAAAUCCUCCAGCAUUAAGUUGUGAACCACUAUUUUGUUAGUGCUAAAAUGAAAGGAUCUGUGAAUCUGACUGCAUCUAGUGCUAACCUGUUAUAAGUUACUCACUCAGAUUUUAGGAUGAUGAAUACAGUAGUUACCAUGACAACAGUUGUCCCCUCUUAUUUAUUUCAGCUGUGUGUCUCCUGGUGAAUAAAACGUUGAGUCAAA